AUGCUUAAAUUACAUACAAGUGGGUUGAUAUAACAAUUCUAUAUAAACAAUUCAAAAAAAGAAAAAGCUACACUACACAAGGAAGCUUCAUAGGUCUGUAUACCCGAGACACUUUAUAUAGAUAUGUUUUCUGAUGCCUUUUCUUAUAUUUGUACUUUGUACAAGUAUUGGCGCUGCUUAAUACAGGACAUGGUCACCCGAAUCAAAAUUAGGUGAUGAUGGUGAUAUGUGCAUCAGAUGUCACUAAUAACGUUAGUUGCACGUAGUACUAGCUUAGCUAGCUAGGCCGUCCUCUAUCUACAUAUAUAAAGGUAGACGUAUAGACAUAGACACACACGAGAAGUGAUGCAGUGGUCUGUGGCCUAGACACCGCCCGGCCUAAACCAUCAAUGGAGCUCGUUGUGCUUCUUGUCGUUGUUCUCUUGGGCUUCUCCGUCUUGAUCCGUCGUAGCAGCCGGCGUGCCCCUGCACCUCCAGCUCCGGCCGUCCUCCACAAGAUCAGUGACCCUGCCGUCGCCCACCGUGUGCUCGUCGACAACGCCGACGCCUUCUCGAACCGCCCAGUCCUUCCCUUCUUCGUGGAGCUGGCAAAGAGGCGCGGUGGCCAACGCAACGAGAACAUAAGCACCGUGCCCCACGGCCCGCACUGGCGUGCUCUCCGGUGCAACAUCACCGCCGAGACCCUCCACCCGUCGCGCCUUGGGCUUGGGCACCUCGCGCCGCUGCAGCGGGAGGCCAUCCAGGACCUCGUCGCAGCCCUGCAGUCCACCGGCGCCGGGGCAGGCCUCCGAGACCACCUCCGGGCCGCCGUCUUCCGGGUCAUCGCGCGCCUGUGCUUUGGGGACGGAGUCCACGAGUGCCAUGUGCGUGCCGUCUGCUCCCAGGUACAUGGCUUACAGGUCGCCAUUGGAGAGGUCAACCCCUUUUCUGGCCCCUCCUUGCUAGCCAAGCUCGCGGUGUGGAGGUACCAGCGGCAUCUCUUGGCCUUUCAUGCCCGGAUCACCGACCUGUGCCUCCCUCUCAUCGCGGCACGACGGCGAGGACCACACGACGACGACCUCUGUCGUCCGUACGUCGACACACUCGUACAACUCCGCGUCCCCGACGACAAGCACGGUGGCCGGCGCGCUCUUAGCGACGACGAGAUAGUGGACCUCGUGUUGGAGUUCCUCGGCGCGGGCUCAGGAUCGUUGGUGGUGUGCCUCGAAUGGACUCUCGCUCACCUCGUAGUCCAGCCGGAGGUCCAGAAAAAGCUCCGGCGUGAGGUCGACGGUGAGGCCGCUGAUAGGAGCCAUCUGAUCCGUGGCAUGCCGUACCUGCAUGCCGUGAUUCUCGAGAGCCUCCGCAUGCACCCGCCGGCGCCGGUGGCCCUGCGUCACGUCCAGGCGGCCGAAGCCGCGAGGACGCUCGUGGGAGGAGGAACAACCAGCGACGUGACUGUGCUGUUCCUCCUAGGGGACAUGGGAAGGGACAGGAAGGCGUGGAAGGACCCCGACGAGUUCCGGCCAGAGCGGUUCCUGGCCGGCGGCGACGCCGAGGGCGUCGGCCCUCUGCCGGGGCGCAAGCAGACGAGGAUGAUGCCGUUCGGCGCGGGGCAUAGAUUCUGCCCGGGCGUGGGUCUCGCGAUGGCUACCAUGAAGUGUUUCUUGGCUGCACUCGUGGUUGAGUUCGAGUGGGCGCCGCCGACGAACGCCGCCGUGGACCUCACAGAGCUGGAUGGCUUCUUGAAGACGAUGAAGAAGCCGCUGUCCGCAUGUCCCACGCGACUACGAACUCCAUCAUCCUUCUGAAAUCAAAACUGCUCCCCUCAGUUCCUAAAUAGUACUCCCUCCGUCCCAGAAAAGUUGUCUCCGCGGCACUUUUUCAAAAAAACCCUUCACGUUUGCCCGACCAAACCCGCACUCCCCCUCCAUCUUCCUCCGAGGCUCCGACACCGGCCGACUCCAGCGCUGCGCAGCUCCUCCGCACCACCGCGCCGAGCAGCUCCCCUGCGCCACCGCGCCGCGCCGCGCAGCUCCGCCACGCCGCGCCGCCGCACAACCCCCCCCCCCCCCCCCCCCCCCUCCACCACUGUACCGCGUUCCCCCGUAGCUCCCCCGUGCCGCACAGCUCCUAAAAAUCCCCCCUUGCCCCGCAGUGACGACGGCGAGGGUUCCGGGCGACCAACCCUAGCUGAGCAGCCGCGGCGUGUCGGCGGCACCGUGCUCAGCUUCUCACCACUGGUCGCGCUCAGCUUCUGACCAGUGGCCGACUCCGCCCCGUCCCUAGUUGCUCGAGGUCGACUCCUCCAUGCCGGACGCCGCCUCGCCCACACCGCUUCGCCCUCACCGCCGUACGCCGCCUCGCCCUCGCCGCAGAACCUAUGUGUAGCUGCAGCAUACAGGCCAGUUCAUCAACUGCUCGAAGAAGAAAAGAAGAUAGCAUUUCCUUGCCUUUAGCAUACAAGCCAGUUCACUUAAUGUCCUCUCGUGCUAUAUUUCUGAGAAUAUCCAAGUUUUUACUUAUCACUUUGCUAGCAUUCACAAGUCUAUUGAAGCGUGCAUGUCUUUCUAAUGGAGUGUAAAUGUUCAAUGUUUUGGAGUAGUUGCGAGAAAUCUUUUGGUUUUCGAGUGUUCUGGCUAGGAUGAUACAGUACCUAGCAAUUCAUGAUGGAUUAUGGAAGUAAGAGUACAAAAAUUUAGUUUACUCUCUUUGAUUCAUGAUGGCCCUCUUGUUCAAGUAAAGCAAGAAGAAUACAAAAUUCAGUUUACAAAAUUCAUAAAUGUUGUGACAUGUUCAGACUGAAUUAGUAAUUCAGAAAUGUUCAGCACUGCCGUGUUUCAGUCUUCUUUUUCUACAGUUUA